AUGCGGUUGUCCGCCCUCUUAUUAGCCCUCCUCUCAGGCUUGAAUCUCUCCCAAGCCCUCCGCAAACCAUCCGACAGCGUUCUCCUCUCCAAAAUCUCCAGUCUCACCUUACGCGCCGGUCAGAAAACCAGUGCUCGCCGCAGUUCUCCAAUUCCCCAGCUUCAAUGCACGGGUGGCAACGCACGAGGCCUCUACGAUGUAGACGUGAUGCGCUGCACUAAUGCUGGCUCCGACUACGACGACGACAAUGUACAGUGGACUUGCAAGGCUUCUCUGCCUCCAGAGUUCAAGUUGGGCAGUACGGACGUUUCGUGUGAGGGUUACGAUUCACUUGAGGAUCCAUAUGUGUUGAAGGGGAGCUGUGGUGCAAGCUACAGGCUCGUGCUUACUGAGGAGGGUGAGAGGAAGUAUGGUCAUAGAGCGGGUGGCGACGACAGAACUGGACCUUCUUCGACUGGCGAGAAGCUCAUCUUUUGGGCUUUCUUCACGUUUGUUGCAGGCAUGAUUGUCUACGGAGUCUGGGAUUCGUGCGUCAGAGGAAACAACAGGCGCCCACCGCACGCAGGUCGUGGCUAUGGAGGUGGCUGGGGUGAUGAUGCACCACCACCUUACACGCCAUAUGGAAAGUCGAGCUCAGGUCGCAAUUACGGCACACAGAACGGACAAGGUUGGAGACCCGGUUUCUGGACUGGUACCGGCGCAGGAGCUGCCGCAGGUGCCGCCGCGGGAUACAUGGCUGGCAACAGAGCAAGCAGUUCACGCAAUGCUGGCAGAUCUAACAGUGGUGGUUGGGGCGGCAGUACAGGCUCGAGCUCUCCUACGCCAUCGUCGUCGAGGUACGAGAGCACUGGCUUUGGCUCAUCGAGCCGUAGAUAA